GUUACACCUACGGUAAGAGAGGAAGUUGUUAUGGCUCCCAAACGCAAAAAUGGAAGCAAAAUCUUGAUGAAAGCAGACGUUGUCGGCAACAAAGAUGUGCAUUAUAGGGGCGUAAGGAAGAGGCCAUGGGGGAGAUACGCCGCCGAAAUCAGAGAUCCCGGCAAGAAGAGCCGUGUUUGGCUCGGUACUUUUGAUACGGCUGAGGACGCUGCAAGAGCCUACGACGCUGCGGCGCGUGAGUUUCGUGGGCCCAAGGCUAAGACCAACUUCCCUUUACCGGAUGAAAUGGUCGGCUACGUGAGUGACAACAAGGUCAGGUACCAGAACCAGCAGAGCCCUAGCCAGAGCAGCACGGUCGAGGAAUCGUCCAGCCCAACGGUGGAGCGUGGAGUCAACAGUGUGAACGGGGCCGUAGCCAGAUACCCUUUCGCGUGCCACCAGCAGCUGGCUCUGACCGGUCGACUCCCCAAUGGUAGGAUUGGUGGUAUGGUUCAGUCGCGGCCGAUUCUCUUUUUCGAAGCCUUGGCUGGAGGAGCUGAAGGUGUUGCUCGAGUUUAUCCCGUUCGGUUCGAGCCUGUCGAAGUUCAGCUGGGUUUGGGUUUCGCCGGCGUUGCCCGGAGUGAACCGGACUCCUCAUCGGCCAGUCCUUGUAAGGCAAGGAUAGCAGCCCCUCUCCUCGACCUGAAUCUUCCUCCUCCGGUCGAUGCUUGAUAUUUCGUAUCUUUUUUCAAUUUUCACGGCGUCAUCUUAAUCCUCUGCAUCUGAAGAGUUGGGAAGGUUAGGGGGGAAAAACUGAUAUUAAUCCCUGUAUUUUCUAAUAUUUUUAGCCACGGUUUAAUCCUUACUCUGAUGUAAAUAAUUUUCGACAGUAAUCGGUGUUUGUUUUUAGAAACCGAGAGGAAAAUAUUAUACAUUAUCCUAUAUGUUUUUGGUGUAUUCUCUCAUUCAAGAUUAACCAGUUCUUUAUUUC